AUGGCCGCUGAUCAGGCUAUGGAGGAUGUGCCAGCUGGUACCAAAAGGCCAGUGCUGGACAUUGAGUCCUUAAAGUGCAAGAAAUUCAAGGCCGAUGAUCUGCCGCUGUCUGCUGCGCAACAUGCCGCAAUCGACAAACUUCUGCAUUCAUUCAAGAAGAAGGGUGGAUUUGACAAUAUUCGAAAGCAAAUAUGGGCCGAAUUUAAUGAUGGAGAGUCCAAGACCAACUUCACCGACCAGUUGAUCGCAUUGGCCGAGUCCGAGAUUGAGCGCGAACCGGCACAUUUAUCGCGUGAAAGAGGGAAAGCCGCGACGUUGAUCGAAGGUGCUGUUGAUCGUGGCGACGUCUACAAGAACGUGGAGGACUCCCUUGACCAACUAGCCUCGAAACAUCUUGAAUCGAUACUAGACGACAUCCGCGCUAUUCGUCGUCAAGAUAUCGGCGAAGAAGCAGCUGCCAAGGAGGAAGAAUCCGGCAGCAAAACGGACGAAGCCUACGAAGCAGAGGUGGCCGCCAAACGAGAACAGCGCGAAAAGGUCUACCGUGAAGAAAUGCGCAAACAAAGAGAGAUCGAGGAGGAGCAAGAUCGCAUUAAGGCGGAAGAAAAACGAAAGAAGCGAGAAAUUGAGCGUCAGAAGGAAGACGAGGAAAGAGCGCGAAGAAAAGAGAUCGAUGACCAACGUCGGGCUGAGCGGGAGCGCAUGCGCGAAGAGCAGCGAGCCCUCGAUGACCAGCGAGAUCGAGAGCGCCAGGAGAGGUAUGAGCGACGACGACGAGAAGAUCGUGAACGGUAUCGAGACUACGAUCGCGAUCGCAGUCGAACUAUAGACAGAGAUCGUUAUCGUGAUCGGUCACCGGCAUAUCGCUCUGACCGUGGCCUUUCUCCUCGCAGCCGCGACCCGAAACGAGAAAAGUCGGCUACCUCCAAAGAUGCAACCCCCGCCCCACCGGUUGAUGAAAAGUCGCUGGAGGAGGCUGCCUUGCAAAUGCUUCUGAAAGAAGGCGAAGAGCUCGCUGCCAAAGCGCGGCAGAAGCCCGAAUUUGACUUUGAAGAAGCCGAGGCUAUCGAAAACGGCCUUAAACCGUCGACUUCUAAUCAGGCCAGGAGUGCCAACGACUCAAGAUUACCAAUCGAAGCCGUAGCCGGUCUCGUCGUCGACAAGCAUCUCGUUACGACCCAAAUCGGCGCCUCGAUCGGACUAGGGAUACAUCUGUGCGGUCUCGAGACCGCAAUAUGGAUGAACGCCGUGGAUACCGUGACUUCCGAGAUGAACGAAGCUACCGGCCAGCUCGUCGCAGUCGCAGUAGAUCCACUGCACGAGGACGAAAUGGGGAUAGAGAAAUUGACAGGAUUCGAGACCUACCACGCUCUAGAUCUCGUGAUCGGGACUAUGACCGGCGUCGCCCUGAUCGCAGCCGAAGUCGAGACAGGGAUCGUGGCGGUGAAUCAUACCGACCGCGCCGCAGAUCUCCCUCUCGUCAGCGCUCACGCUCUCGAUCACGUUCUCGCCAGCGGACCCGAGACCGUCCACGCUCACGUUCGAGAUCAGCUGCUCCCAGACGGCGAUCGCGUUCUCGAUCUGCUCCACGAAGAAGAUCCAGGUCUCGGCGCCGUUCCCGCGAGAGACGGACGUCACGAGAGAGACGCCCUUCCCCUGGCUCUGGCGACAUCGAUCGGUACAUUCCCCCCCAACAGUAACCGCAGCACUUCACCUAGGCGCCGAAAGCGAUCCCCUGAGCGGGAUGCUCGACCCGCUCGAGCUGGUGACAUUGACCGUUACAUUCCGGGCUCUGAACCAGAAAAGGCCAAAGAGGGGGAGACUGAAGCCACAACUGAACAGCCGAAAGAACCUGAGGACCGUCGGAAUCGACGCCGCAGCCGCAGUCGCAGCCGGCGACGAAGGAGUCCCAGUCGAAAGCCAAGCUUUAGCCGGCGUCGAAGUCGAAGUCGUCGCAGGAGCCGCAGCCGAUGA